AAUGCUAGCAUGUUUUAUUGGUUUUUCCCUGCUCAGCAACCGCUUGAGGAUAAUCCUCCUCUCAUCAUCUGGCUACAGGGCGGACCUGGAUCUAGUUCUAUGAUUGGUCUUUUUUAUGAAAUGGGACCAGUUCGUCUGAAUAAUAAGCUUGAGUUGUUCACAAACAUCAAUUCAUGGAACUUGCAUUAUGCAAUGUUGUUUAUCGACAAUCCUGUAGGCACUGGAUAUAGUUAUACUCCCCAAUACUCUGAUGGAUAUGCUUGUAACCAAGAAGCAGUUUCUCAAGAUCUGAUUACAUUUCUUGAUGGAUUCUACAGCAUGUACCCAAAAAUGCGAAAAUCCAAGUUGUACAUUACUGGCGAGUCGUAUGCUGGAAAAUACAUUCCUCACUUUGCUAUACAGAUUGAUCGAGUCAAUGCCCAACGUAUCCAGUCACCAUCCACUCUUAUCCCAUUAAAAGGAAUUGCCAUUGGAAAUGGCCUUACCGAUCCAGUCACGCAGAUCAAGUAUCAUGCACCACAGGGACUUGCUCUUGGGCUCGUGUCGCGAAGCCAGGCAGAGGUGAUUCAGCGAUAUGCCAAUGCAGCUGUUGGUUUCAUAUGUCGUUCGGAAUGGAAACAAUCGCUUGAGAUGCGAAACUUGAUGUUUUCAUUUUUUCAAAACAGUACAGGUGGAAUCAACUGGUACGAUGUACGUAAAAAAGAUGAGCAAAACGAUUGGUCACGAAUGGAGUCUUUUUUGCAACUCGAAACGACAAAACAAUCUCUCAAUGUUGGAUCGUUAGCGCAGUUUGGAAAAGAUCAAAAAGCUGCAGAGAGUCUGACAGAGGAUAUCAUGAAGAGCGCAGCACAUGUUGUUGCAGAGUUGCUGGAUAAGAAAUACCGAGUUGUGCUCUACCAAGGACAGUUUGAUUUCCGAGAUGGAAUCAUGGGUUCAACAGAUUGGAUUGAAUCAAUGACAUGGACUGGCUCUAAAGAGUUUCUCAUGGCACCUCGAACAGUUUGGCAUAUGCUUACUGAGCGAUUACUUGACACUUUACAUGUGGUAGGAUAUGUCACGCAGUAUCGACAUCUUGCAAGAAUAGAGUUAUUAGCUGCAGGACAUUUGGCACCUAUGGAUCAAGGAUAUGUGGUUAGACAGAUGAUUGAUACUCAUUUGAUUAAAGAAUUGGAUGUCUUGUAG